GUGUCGCGUCAGCCACAGCGAUCGCGUCAGUUCGUUUGCGGGGACGUAUGCUGCUCCAAUUACCUAAUCAUUCGAAAUCAACAUCAUGGCAGAUAAAACAGACGUAGAAAAUGGCGAUGCCCUUGCGGAAAAAAUGCGGCGACCCAUCAAACUGCCGGUUCUGCCAAAGACGCUUAACAUUGAAGAGAAGAAAUACCUCAUGGCUGUCGAAAGAGGGGACAUGGCGAAUGUGAGAAGGUUAAUCCAAAAAGCACAUCGCACGAAGCACGUAGACAUAAACUGCGUAGAUUCCCUUGGCCGGGGUGCUCUAACCCUCGCUAUAGAUGGUGAAAACCUGGAGAUGGUGGAGCUCCUGGUGGUCCUGGGGGUGGAGACGAAGGAUGCCCUGCUGCAGGCGAUUAAUGCGGAGUUCGUGGAAGCCGUGGAACUGCUUUUGGAGCAUGAGGAACUGAUUCAUAAGCAUCCGUCGCCUUAUAGCUGGCAGAAGGUGGACCCAACCACGGCAAUGUUCACCCGCGACCUCACACCUUUGGUACUAGCUGCUCAUAAGAAUAACUACGAAAUUAUUAAACUUCUUUUGGAUAGAGGAGCGACGUUGCCAGACCCUCAUGAUAUACGUUGCGGUUGCGACGAAUGCAUCACAGAGUCCACAGAGGACCCGCUCCGCCAUUCGCUUGCUCGCUUGAACGCGUAUCGCGCGCUCGCUUCGCCUUCGCUUAUCGCCUUGUCGUCUAACGAUCCCGUGCUCACUGCGUUUGAACUGUCUUGGGAAUUACGGACUUUGGCUUUUGCUGAACAGGAGUGCAAAGCCGACUACUUAGAACUGCGUCGCCAAGUGCAAAGGUUCGCGGUGGAUCUUCUAGAUCAAUCUAGAAGUUCCCAAGAGUUAGCCAUCAUGCUGAACUAUGAUCCCGAAGAACCACCCUUUGAAGAGGGGGAACCCAUGAAAUUGGCUAGGUUGGAACUCGCCGUGGACUUUAAGCAGAAGAAAUUCGUAGCGCAUCCAAAAAUCCAGCAGCUCCUUGCGUCAAUAUGGUACGAAGGUGUCCCCGGGUUCCGUAGGAAAUCGAACCUGGAGAAAAUGAUGAUAAUCAUCAGAGUAGCACUACUAUUCCCAUACUACUGCUGUUUGUACAUGGUAGCACCGAAUUGUGCUACUGGCAAACUCAUGAGGAAGCCGUUCAUGAAGUUUUUGAUACAUGCCUCUAGUUACCUGUUUUUCUUGUUAAUAUUAAUCCUGGUUUCCCAAAGAGCGGAGGUCCAAGUAGUGCAGUUAUUUGGUCCAGAUUGGAUGGUGAAACAACUUCAAGAGGAAUUAAAGAAACAGAGAGGCAAUGGACCGACGGUUCUAGAAAUUAUUGUUCUUAUAUACGUAGUUGGUUUCAUCUGGGAGGAAACGCAAGAAAUGUACACAGAGGGUUUCCGCUCAUACCUUCGCAACAUGUGGAACUUUAUAGAUUUCACCCGGAAUUCCCUGUACUUUGCUGUAGCAAUACUACGUUUUGCUGCUUACUUGCAACAGUCGUCUGAAAUACAGAAGGACCCGAAAGUCAGGUUUAUACCUCGAGAACAUUGGGAUGACUUCGAUCCUCAGUUGAUCGCUGAGGGGCUGUUCGCCGCUGCAAAUAUUUUCAGUGCGCUAAAACUAAUACACCUGUUUUCCAUAAAUCCACACUUGGGUCCUCUGCAGAUCUCUCUGGGCAGGAUGGUGAUUGACAUCGUUAAAUUCUUCUUCAUUUAUAGUCUUGUGCUCUUUGCCUUCGCUUGCGGUCUUAACCAAUUGCUAUGGUAUUUCGCUGAUCUGGAAAAGCAGAAAUGCUAUGUUUUACCCGGGGGUCUCCCUGAUUGGGAUAACGCCGGUGAUUCUUGUUCAAAAUGGCGGAGCUUCGGAAACGUAUUCGAAGCAUCCCAAUCACUAUUCUGGGCGUCCUUCGGCAUGGUUGGUCUGGAAAACUUUGAGCUGGCUGGCAUCAAGAGCUACACCAGAUUCUGGGGUCUGCUCAUGUUCGGCUCUUACUCGGUGAUCAAUGUGAUCGUUCUACUGAACCUCCUCAUUGCCAUGAUGUCGAAUUCUUAUGCUCAUAUUGAUGAACAUUCAGACGUGGAAUGGAAAUUUGCUCGUACUCGUCUUUGGAUGAGCUACUUCGAGGAUAGUCCCACUCUCCCCCCACCGUUUAAUAUCUUCCCCACUCCCAAACGGGUCAUGAAGCUGUUCAAAUCAAAGGAUAGUGAUAAGAAAGUGAAAGUUAAGGUUGACAAAGAAAAAGAGCACGACGUGCGUUACACAGCAGUAAUCCGCGCGCUAGUAUGGCGCUACGUAUCUGCCAUGCACAGGAAGCUAGAUGAUGAUCCCGUUACCGAAGAUGAUAUUAACGAGCUGAAGGGAGACGUGUCAGCUCUGAGAUAUGAACUGCUGGAUGUGUUUGGAAGGAACGGCAUGGAUGUGAGCUUCACUGAUCGGAAGGAAAAGACUGUUCUCGCAAAGCGCAUGAAGAUCUGGGAGCGGCGUUUGAUGAAGGACUUCCAAGUGGCUCCCGUCUCCGUGAUGGAUGAGGAAGGUAGACCAGCUAACGAGGAUGCUCUGGCGAGGUUCAGACGCAUCGCAAGAAUGGCUGCAGCAGCCAACAGCAAUGACAAGUGGAAACAGGCGCUUGUUGCUACGGGAAUGUCGUCUCAAAUCGGCCGAUGUCGAACUCGAGAAUCAUUUAGAAGUCAGCAGAAGCUACAGCAGGCCAUGGACCACGCUAAGAGACUGGUUAUGAGAUCACCUUUACCAGAAAUGUCACGAAGUACAACGCCAAUACAGAUGCCGGUGUCUCCCGGCCAUACCCUCAUGGAGCUGAUCAAGGAUAUGUCCGAGGAUGUGGGAGCCAGUGUUGAUUUGAGGACCCCUGUUAUGCCGAGGACUGAUGGAAAUUAUUUAUCUGCAACAAGGGAGCUUCUUUCACCAACUCCAACGAUGGAAGUUAAACACCAAACAAAGCUUACCUUCAAGACUCCAUCAAGAAACCCGUCACCUUGUGGAACUCGAAGCAGCAGCCCAGUUUCAGGACCGAGUAAUCCUCUUGUUGAACAGAGAUCAGUGGAUCCAAGCCCGCUGAAAUCCAAACGUGUUACAGACCCAACAACCGUGCCAAAGGUUGUUAAAAGGAAACCGCCGACACCGCCGGGAGAUUAUCAACAGGAUGCUUCAGAUGUUAAGUCAUCUGAAGACAUAGCUGUGGCGAGGCCGGUGGCUGACGUCAAACCAAAGGGGUCAUUGCCCCCUCCACCACCGUAUUGUAAGGCUAAGGUUCAAGCACCGACGAUGGAAAUCACUCCAUGCACUCCAGUGUGCCAACGGGCCUUCUCUCCCACUCAGGGAAAGGCAAAAGAACACACACCAGAACCUAAACGACCUGUACCGCAGCCACAGUCACCAGUAGAAUCUACAGUGUCAGCGAGUACAGAAAAUCUGAUACCGUCUCCAGAUCCUCUGCAGCAGACCAACCUUGAUGAAAACAUUCGGAGUAUCAAAAAGACGUCCAAAACUUGGCUAUAAAGAAACUAUGAUUAUCGAGACCUAAAUAAAUAUAAUGGAACAUCAACUUUUAAUAAUCUCUUAAAUAAAUUUUAUGGUAC